AUGGCUUUCUCACGCGUCGUUCCUCAGUGCCCUUUUUCACCCCCCUUUGCGAACCUAGACUCCCGUAACUUUGGCCUGUCGUGCCCUUCCGAACCCCUCAACACGAAAAUCGCACCUCAGCGUAGGCAACUGCUCGCGUCGAAUGCGUCAAUCUGGCGUUCAACCUUCAGUUGCCUCCCUUUCAAAGGUUCCACGUUGCUUCACUCCCCACGCGCAGAGAAGUUACUUCCCCGCGAGGCGCGACAGCCAGGUAGUCACCCGCGAGCAUCGAACCGUUUCCUGCAAGACCUCUCGACCAACAUGGCGAGUCUCCUCCAGAGUCUUCACCGCCUCACCUUCUGGCUCGUCGGAGGAACGGACACGACACCACCCCCGGUUCCUGUGCCUGCCAAGUUCCAACCUCUCCUGGGAGAGGUUCUCGUGUUCCUGAACUUGCGCGGCACUGUGCCAAGCGACUGGACCCGCGAGCAGAUCAUGAGCUACGUGGACAGUUCAGUUACAGACAAGGAACUCCAGGCGCAUGCAAUCAAGUUUCUGAAGGAAACUGGCAGACUCCGUGCGGAUGCGAAGUUCACGACGACGAAGACGGUGUCAACGGAUGUCGGGGCAGCUACGGGAGACUUCGAGAGCGGCAUGUAG